GGUGAGUCGGGGUUUACAUUGAGGUUUGCCACUAAGAAGCUACGUAAGUUUUGUAGGAUCAUUGCAAACAGGCAGUCCGCUGCUUGCUCUAAAGAGAGGAAACCUCGAUAUAUGUCUGAACUAGAGAGAAAAGUUCAAACACUUCAAACAGAAGCAACUACUCUUUCUGCGCGACUAACCCUAUUCCAGAGAGAUGUGACAAGCUUGACUACGGAGAACACUGAACUUAAGCUUCUGCUACAGGCUAUGGAACAACAGGCUCGGCUACGUGACGCUUUCAGUGGACAACUGAAGAAGGAAGUAGAGACGCUCAAGCUUGCCACCAGAGAAGCAACACCCACGGGUUUGGGAAUGCACAAUAUACCAUACACACAAUCUUCCUUCUUUCUUCCCCAGCCACGGCAUAUUCAAGUCGACACCCAGAAUAUACAAAUGCCACCAUUUCAUCCCUUCCAAUCUAACACGUUUACGACUAAUCAGCCCGCGGUAGGUGCCUCAUAUUCACAUUCGUUUUCCGAUAUGAUGCAACAGGAUCCUCUCGGCCAACUGCAGGGGCUUGAUAUCAGUAGCAGGGGUUCCCACUCUGUGAAAUCCGAUGGCUCAUCGAUUUCUGCCAGUGAAAGCAGUGGAACAUUAUGAUACAAAAAAUCCCUCGCCUGCACCGUCUCCUUCCCUAUUUGUUGAAGUGUUCAUAGGCUGACCUUAUUGACAUCGAGAGGUACAAUCCGAUCGAAUUCGAUUCUUUUAACAGUUUCGUUUCUGAGAUUUCAGUUUUGAUGUAGCUUUG